CAACUAAAGCAUUAGGUGAAUUAGUCUCUGAUGUUUCCAGCAAAGUGACAUCAUGGAGACUGCAACAUCUGUUACAGAUGACCAGCCCCUUAAGCGCAGCUGGAGUUUUCCAUGGCUGCCACCUGACAUGUCUGAGCUGAGGGUUGUUCUGCUGGGGAACAGCUGGUCUGAGAGGAGUUCAGUGGGGAACUUCAUACUGGGAGAGACUGUGUUCAACACUGAGGAAGAACCAGACCGCUGUCUGAGAGAAAGAGGACAGUUAAAGGAGAAAAUGAUAGCAGUCAUCAACACUCCAGAUCUGCUGCUUCCUGACAUCUCUGAACACAAACUGACAGAACAUGUAGAAAACUGUGUGAGACUCUCUGAUCCUGGCCCUCAUGUGUUCCUGCUGGUUCUACAGCCUGAAGACUUCACUGAGAAACACAAACAGAGGCUACAAUCAAUCCUUGAAAACUUAGGUGAUCAACCAUUUGAUCAUUCAUUGGUUCUGAUAUCAACCCCCAGACAGGAUAGUUCAGCUUUCAUGGACAAAGAUGAACUAGACCAGUCAUUAAAAGACAUGAUCACAAUGUGUAGAUACAGAUACUUGAAGCAGAAGAAUCUUGAACGUCCAGAGCUGUUAACACGUUUGGGGCAAAUUGUAAAAGAGAACAAUGGAGAGCAUGUGAGAUGUGAUGUAUUCAAGGAUGCAGCACCAGGUUCUGAUCAGGAAAGCCUGAAACAAGCAGAAGAUGUCAGUUUUUACUUGGACCCUACAAAUGCUGCUGAGGUGAAAGCUCCCAGUGCAUAUACCCAGUCCCACCAGUCAUGUGACCUUAGGAUUGUGAUGUUUGGAAAAAAGGAGGACAAAAAGAAAACACUAUGCAAAGUCAUCAUUGGGACCAAAGAGUUGAAAUAUCGUAAAAUAAAUCCAAACACGCAAUGUGAGGUCACCAAUGGAAUGUGGAGAGGAAAUCCUCUAAGAGUAGUGAAGACUCCAGACAUGUUCAGUAUGUCUAAGGAAGCAAUCAGAGAAGAGAUGAAGAGCUGUGUGACUCUUAGUCUCCCUGGACCAAAUGUUCUUCUGCUGUUAGUGAAGCCUUCUGAGUUCACUGAGGAGAACAGACGAACACUUGAGUUAAUCCUGAGUUUGUUCGGUCAAGAUGCCUUUCAAUACUUAAUGGUCAUAAACACGCACAAGGAGAAUAAAUGUAACACUGUAAAUCAACUCCUUCAAGACUGUUUAGGAAGACAGUACAACAUGGUUGAAAACAACCGCAUGCUAUUAAUGGAGAAGAUUGAGAGCAUUGUUCAUGAAAACAAAGGAACCUUCCUCACCUUCACUGAAGAGACCAUCAGACCAACAUCUGGACACAUCAGACCAGCUUUAAACCUGGUUCUGUGUGGGAGGAGAGGAGCAGGGAAGACUUCAGCAGCCAAGGCUAUUUUAGGUCAGACAGAGCUUCAUUCAGUCUCCAACUCAUCAGAGUGUGUUAAACAUCAGGGAGAGGUGUGUGGACGUCGGGUUUCCCUGGUGGAGCUGCCUGCCUUGUAUGGAGAAGGUCAGGAGGCAGUGAUGGAGGAAUCAUUCAGGUGUAUCUCCCUCUGUGAUCCUGAGGGCGUCCAUGCCUUCAUCCUGGUCCUACCUGUGGGUCCCCUCACUGAUGAAGACAAGGGAGAGUUACAGACCAUCCAGAACACUUUCAGCUCUCGAGUCAAUGACUUCACCAUGAUUCUGUUCACUGUGGAGUCAGAUCCUAAAACUCCAGCUGUUGUUAAGUUUAUAAACAAAGAUAAUGGCAUCCAGGAUCUCUGUCAGAGCUGUGGAGGAAGAUAUGUUGUUCUCAACAUCAAGAACCAGCAGCAGAUCCCAGAGCUGUUGGACAAAAUAGAAAAAAUGAGACUAAGACCUUACAAAGACCAACCAUGCUGCUACACAACAAAAACAUUUGCAUUUGGCCAAAUAGAAAAGAUCAGCACACUACAGGCUGAACUGAUCAACCUGAGAACAAAAAGCAUUAUCAGCUGUGAUGAUGAGAAGCAGAGCCCAGAGUGUCUCAGGAUUGUGCUGAUAGGGAAGACCGGCAAUGGAAAGAGCUCUACAGGAAACACCAUUCUAGGAAGAGAUGAGUUUGAAGCUGAAUCAAGCCAAACAUCAGUCACCAAAUGUUGUCAGAAAGAACAGACUGAAGUGAACGGUCGUCCUGUCGUUGUGGUCGACACUCCUGGUCUUUUUGACAAUACUUUGUCCCAUGAAGAGGUUAAUGAGGAGAUGGUGAAAUGCAUCAGUCUUCUGGCUCCAGGACCUCAUGUCUUCCUGUUGGUGUUACAAAUUGGCAGACUCACACCAGAGGAAAAGGAGACAUUAAAACUCAUCAAGAAAAUCUUUGGGGAAAAUUCUGAAAAGUUUACCAUCAUUCUUUUCACAAGAGGAGAUUCACUGAAACGUGAGAAGCGGCCCAUUAACGAGUACAUAGAAAAAAAAUGUGAUGAUUCCUUUAAGAAACUGAUCACUGACUGUGGAGGAAGAUACCAUGUGUUCAAUAACUAUGAGGAACAAAACCGGACACAAGUCAGUGAGCUGAUAACCAAGAUUGACACCAUGGUGAAGGAAAAUGGAGGCAGCUGCUACAGCAAUGAGAUGCUGCAAGAGGCCGAGGCAGCUAUACAGAAAGAAGUGGAGAAGAUCCUGAAGGAGAAGGAAGAAGAGAUGCAGAGAGAGAGGGAGGAACUGGGAAGAAAACAUAAGAAAGAAAUGGAAGCAGUGAAAAGAAAAAUGGAAGAACAGAGAUCAGAAAUUGAACAUGAGAGCAAACUCAGAGAAAAACAACUUCAGGAAAAGGAGGAGAACAUCAACAAAGAACGUGAGGAGAGAAAGAAAGAUAAGGAAAUAAGAGAAGAAGAAGACAGGAAGAGAAAACAACAGGAUGAAACUCAACGACGGGAGUGGGAACAAAAAGUUGAAGCUUUGGAGCAAAAAAUAAGAUCAGAGUCAGAAUCUAAGGAAACUAUUGAUAGAAAGCUGGAGGAGAGCAGAGAGGAAAUGAGAAAGGAACGAGAGAAGUGGGAGAAAAAACAAAAAGAAUGGUGGGACAAACGAGAACAAGAAGAUGAACAGAGACAACAUAAGGAGCAAACUAAACUGAAAAAGCUCCAAGAAGACUAUGAUCAUGAAAGGGCAAAUUAUGAAAAGAAAAGAAUCGAAGAGGACCAAAUCAGACAGGAACAAGAGGAGAAGAAUCUGAAAGAGUUAAAGGAAAACCAUAAAACAGAACUGGAAGGCAUGAAGAAGAAGUAUGACGAGGAGGCCAGAAAGAAAGCUGAAGAGUUCAAUGAAUUCAGAGAGAGCAAGGAAAGGGACUUUGCAGCUCAGAUAGAAAGACACAUGAAGGAAGUGAUGGAUCUGAAGCGACAGCAAGACAAAGCCAUGCAGGAGAAGCAGGAGGAAUAUGACCGCUUGAAUGAUCUCUCUACCCACAAAGAAAAAAGUCUAAAGCAAGAUAUGGAGGAAGUACAGAACAAACAUAAGCAAGAAAUGACUGACUUGGUACUGAUUCUUCUGACCCAAAAGAAAGAAAACAGGGACAAAAUAAGAACAAUGCAGAAAACACACCAAAAAGAGGUUAAUACCAUUAGAAAAGAACUUUCAGCCCAAAACAGAAUAAAGGAGAAGGAACAAAUUGAUGAAGAAAAGAAAAGACACAGCCAAGAAAUGAAAGACUUGGACAAGGAACUUUCAACCCAAAACAAAGAAGAUUGUCGAAUCAGAAAGCAAACACUGUCUAUCCAACAUCAGCAGAAAAUUAAUGAGUUGAGAGUGGAAUUGUUGAGCCAACAGAAACAAAAUCAGAAGGAAGAAUUGGCUAAAUUAGAGAAACAACAUGAACAAAAACUGUAUGAAUUCAAACAGAAACUUCUGGAAGAAAAUAAAAGAAAUGAGAGAGAACAAAUGGAUGAACUGCUGAAGAAUCAAAAACAAGAAAUUGAGGAGUUGAAAAAGAAAGGCAUGACCGAAGAUGGAGACCUGGAUGAACUGCAGAAAAAACACGAAAAAGAAAUGAAUGAGUUGAAAGAGAAAAUGUUGAGCCCAGAGACGCAACAGUGGUGCUGGAUUGCAUGAGCAAUUUAAUUAUUUAGGAAGGUCACAC